AUGAAAUCGUCGCCGUUCGCCCACGUCAAGCACUUUCCGCUUUUCCACGUGGCUGGUCGAAUUUCUGGCCACGUCACCUCUUCGUCUACCUCCCAACUUUCUGAAUUUGAUUUGCUUUGUAGAAGAAUGAGAAAAGCGUCGUCAAUCUCAGCGCUUUUGUUUCUAGGGUUUGUUCGAAGCCCAAGCUCCAAGCUCUGCUUCAAUGCGCUUCGUUCUUACUGUGAUCGAUCCUCGCCUUCCUCGAUUAAAAUUCCAGGGCCACUAACGCAGUACAAGAGCCUCGUCGAGCAAGGGAAGCUACAGCAUGAUCCAAACCAAGAAGCGGUUGCUUUUCAAUUGGAGAAGUUGCUUGGGAGAUUAGAGCAGUAUGAGAAAGAAAUGGCGGAAUAUCAUGAAAGACUUGCGAAAUGGUCGAAGGAGAGAGAAAACGAGCGACGCAAGCUUUUAAUGGAGGAAGCUGAGAGUCAGCAGAAAGAUGAUGUAUGGAAAUCAGUCACCAACCAACGCAAUAAGUUUGUUCAAAGAUGGCUUUCCCGGAAAAAACCAGAGAAUGUAGAACCUGGAGUUGGGAAAUGGGUUUCGUAUCUUAAUCGAGAGAGGAAGUUAGAUUCAGUAGUUGGUCGCCGUCCAACUGCUCCUCCAGCUCCUAAGGGAUUGUAUAUUUAUGGCAAUGUUGGAAGCGGAAAGACAAUGCUUAUGGACAUGUUUUAUAGUGCCACCGAAGGAAUUGUUAAGCAUCGAAAAAGAUAUCACUUCCAUGAGGCUAUGUUAAAGAUUAAUGAACAAAUGCAUCAGAUUUGGAAAAAUCAAGUGGAGGAAAAGUCUUUGCAUUCAAGCCUUUCAAAUUGGGUAAUGAAUCUUCCCUUUGAUUCAAGGGUAAAGGAGUGGGUGGCCGCAGAAGAGAGAUAUAAACAAGAGGUUCAGAUGAAAAACAUCCUUCCAGCUGUAGCAGACAAGUUCAUCAUAGACUGGCAGGCGGAUCAAAAGGGUGGUAGCAUUCUUUGUUUUGACGAGAUACAGACUGUUGAUGUAUUUGCUAUUGUGGCCUUAUCUGGAAUUGUUAGCAGAUUGUUAAGCAAUGGAACUGUUCUUGUAGCCACGAGUAAUCGAGCACCCAAGGACCUAAAUCAGGAUGGUAUGCAACGGGAGAUCUUCCAAAAGUUUGUUAACAAAAUGGGUGAGCACUGCGAGAAUGUUCUGAUUGGAAGUGAGAUUGAUUAUCGUCGUGUUAUAGCUCAAAGUCAAAGAUCUAUGGGCCAGGUUCACUACUUCUGGCCUUCAGACAGCAUUGCUCUGGAGAAAUUUGAGAAGAAGUGGCAUGAAGUCACAAACCAAGUAGGAGGGCAAAUCACCUCGAGUACUAUUCGAGUGAUGUUCGGAAGAACACUGGAGGUUCCAGAAAGCUCUAAUGGAGUGGCACGGUUCACAUUUGAGUAUCUAUGUGGUCGGCCGGUAGGCGCGGCCGAUUACAUUGCAGUAGCAGAGAACUAUCACACUGUCUUUAUAUCUGGCAUUCCAAUGAUGAGUAUGCGUAUCCGUGAUAAGGCACGCCGAUUUAUUACCCUCGUUGAUGAAUUAUACAAUCAUCAUUGCCGUCUAUUUUGUUCUGCUGCUUCUGCUAUUGAUGAAUUAUUUCAAGGAACUGAAGAGGGUGCACUUUUUGAUUUGGAGAGUUUCCAGUUUGAAACAGAGACAGAGGGUUCAAAGCUUCGACGCGAUGUUUUAGCAGAAGGGAGUGUGAGCUCAGGAGGUGCCCCAACCGGCAUAGUAUCCAUGUUAUCUGGUCAAGAAGAGAUGUUUGCUUUCCGCCGAGCAACACCUGUAUAUUUGGAGGGGGUCCAUAGCCUUCAUCCUUAUUUCCAGAGACAACGCCUAGAAUUCGAAAAUAUUUCUGCAGGAAACAUAGAGCCUCAGUUAUUAUUCUAA